GUUGGACGCAUGGUGGCAUAGAGGAAAUACCGGGAAUGGUUCCAGAUUGUGAUGGGGGUGGAUUGGGCUGACCUUGAUUUCCAUUAUCUCCUGGUGCGUUUCCAGCGUCUUCAGGAGAACUUUACAGGAGAAUGUGAUGUAAACUGAUGUCCUACUGUGCAAAAAUUGUUGGUAGAUCAGUCAAGUUUUUAGCUUUAAGAGCACUAUGAAGGUAAUUCCAGGAAUAAUUCUGGGAUACAUUGGAUUUUGUUUGAUUGUCUCAAUGACAAAUCAAGCAGAAGCUUCAGGAAGUCUACAAGAUUUAGUUGAGGAACAAAAACGACAACCUCAGGAUCAGCAGCCGCCAUAUUUGCAGCCAACACAGAAGCCCACAAUGAAGCCAACUUUGAAGCCAACAGAACAGUCAGCAUAUUAUCCAACAUAUCAACCAACACAUUAUCCAACACUGCAGCCAACAGAGCAUCCAACGUAUCUGCCAACACAUUAUCCAACACAACAGCCAACAGAAUAUCCAACACAUUAUCCAACACAUCAACCAACAGAAUAUUCAACGUAUCAGCCAACACAUUAUCCAACACUGCAGCCAACAGAAUAUCCAACACAUCAACCAACAGAACAGCCAACACAUUAUCCAACACUGCAGCCAACAGAAUAUCCAACACAUCAACCAACACAUCAACCAACAGAACAUCCAACGUAUCAGCCAACGCAUUAUCCAACGCAACAGCCUACACAAAAGCCGCCAAAUCAUGAAAUUCAGACGCAACCAGCGCCGCCUAACACAAGUCAGCCCCAAUUUGACAUAUUUUUUUGCAACUUUGGCAUCUGGGCCUGCAUUUCAAAUUGGUCCGACCCAUCCUAUACAUCUUGUUGCGUCCAAGAGUACGUUCGAUGUUGUAGUAAUUCAAAAAAUAGGGACUUAUGCAUGGAAACAGUAGUACAAAAAUGCUGGUAAUCAAAAUUGAAGUCUUUUGCCUUUACGUGAAACAUAAAAACACGAGAAUCAUUGAAACAUUCGCUCUUUUAUUGUGAUAUUUAUUCUAUGGAUGGUUUUAGAGGAUAUUUCUCAGUCAGAACGUCUUGUUUGACAUCUUCUGUGUGAAUUUAAUGCAUUCCCAACUUGGAAAAACAAUACAGUUCCUAAAAAUUUUGAGAAAAUAAAAUGUUUCACGUUUGGGUCGAUGUAUGAUUCAAAGAACGCGAAAGGGUUAACUGAAAAAACUGUAGCUUUCUUUAAAAUAUAAUACAUAUCUAUAUUUCAUAAGUAAAAUAUAAUUAAUGCACCUUUAUGCACAAUUGAAAGAAAAAAUUCUAAAGCGCGUAUAUUUUUGUUUAAACUAAUGAAAGGGUUAAAGGGCUUACAGAGUUAAUAUAGACGAAAUCUUAAUAAAACUAAACGAAAAAAAA